AACUAAGUAAGACAAAUGUAAGGAAUAAUAAUGAAUUAUGACUUUGUCGGGGCGGCACGGUGAGUACUGGUUGGCGUAUCUGCCUCACAGUUCUGAAGACCAGGGUUCGAAUCCGGCAUCGCCUGUGUGUAGCUUGGAUGUUCUCCACGUGCCUGCGUGGGGUUCCUCUCACAUCCCAAAAACAUGCAUGGUGCGUUGCUCAUUCGAGGCCCGAACCAGAACAUUAUGGAAGGUGACAGCGUCACGUUGGAGUGCCUGUACUCAGACAAUGCGUUCAACAUCAGUCGGGUGAGGUUUGAAAGCUUCUCUGAGCUCCUCAAGAUGUGGCGCCCAGUGUGGCCGACCUCUUGGUGCUUUUACGACCUGAAUGUGGAGCAGGUGGAUGACAAAAUGGUGUUGCACGUUCCCCAUGUUGCCCACUUUGCGGAGGGGUUCUUCCGCUGCGUGUCGGACGACCACACGCUGAGUGCACCGAACAACGCCUCCAAGACGCUGUCCUUCAAAGUGCACUAUCUGGGAGAGGUGCAUCUAUCCAGGGAGGGCUUCAGCAACUUCAUCGGUCUGCCACAGGAGCUUCGCGUACAGCGAGGAGAUGACGUGGUGCUCAAGUGCUCGGCCAGCUCCUCGGAAGAGCCCGACUAUUGCUGGUACAAGGAGGGUGAUGACUGGAUCCUGCCAUCGUCCGUGAUAACACUAAAGAAAGUGAGCGACAUGGACAGCGGCGUGUACACGUGCACAGUGGAACAUCCCACAGCGUUGCUCGAAAAAAUGCGCAACAUUAGCCUGGUUGUUCUGCCUGGGAAUGUUUCAAAUGGUAUGUUGGGGUUGCUACGAUAUGCGGGGGAAGCUCAGGGCAUCGUUGACCUGACACCUCACACUCUACGGCUCCGAUCCGCAGAGAACGCCAAUUGGUUUGAAACCCACAGCGGCCAUCUCGUGCUGAUGACCUUCGGCCUCCCGGUGCUCGCCGCCGUGUUGAGUGCGUGCAUAUACCACAGGAAGAAGAGCGCCAAGAGAAAACCCAUUGAUGACCGGUCCCAGACCAAGCCCAUCUACAAGGACAGCACAGAGGCUCUCCACUCAAACAGCCGAGACAAACAGCCUCUCGUCGCGGUGUGACGGCCGCGGCGAGGAUGGAAUGGAAGGAAGAUGGAGUGCGCGGCCAGAGAGUGACGGAUGGUGUCGGGUGGCUACUUAAGAGCGACCCAGAUGGUUAUAGAUGAGCGAGGCUAUAGGGAGGGCAGAAAUCGAAAUAAGUAGCUUGCAAAAAAACCCCACAAAAAAACCAGGGGUGAGUGAUUGCUUUGCGGGCGCUUGCGGGGGUGGGCCGUGGCCGUGGACAAAAGGCGAACAAUUUUCUCCCUAUUUAUUCCGCAGCGUGGAAGGUGAUGAGCUAUCGGCUUUUUAGCAUUGUUAGCUGGGGAUGUAUCUGGUGGGUGUGCACUUCAGAAUCUUUCGCUUUCACUUUCUCGAGUGUUUCAAACGCCAAGAUAAUGUGGGACUUUGAUUUCUGCAUGAGAUCUUCAUCUGGUUCCCAGAACAUCAUUUAACUCUUUUUAAGCUGCUUUUUACAACCUUUGCACCGUCAAUUGCUGAUUUCAUGGAAGACUUUUUUUACUCACCGCCCACAUUCUGUGCAUAUUAAAGUGCAUUAUGAAUAAUAAUCACAUUAAUGUACAAUCAGUGGUGGGCGGCAGCUUGGGAUCCAUGUGGUGACGCAUUUGAAGCGGCUCUCUUUUCCCACCAUAGAAAAACCCAUAGAAAAUAUUUGCUUUAAACGUGGGGGAAUAUUGUAUUGUAGAUCUUGUCUGUCUCGUGCCUUGUCAUUGAGUCAUUCCCUUUUAUUUAAAUUUAAAAAAAACAAAAAAACUCAUUUUCAGGUAUCUAAAUUGUGAUAAAUAAUAUGGUCCAGGGAAAGAAUUCACCAUAAUUCUAUUCUUUCAAGUGAAAAUGAGGAAGAAUCCUAUCAUUGUCCUUCUGUUGCCUGUCUCCUACAUUCUCGUCAUUGGGUCGGUCGCCUUCCCCCGACAAUAUUUCAUUUUGUUUUCCAUCUUCCGGUUUUAAAACUGACAGUCGAGUCCAGGGUAACAUUUUCAAUCUGUCAGCUAAACCACUAAUCAAAGCAGGAUUCCCAACAUUAUACAACUCUUACCUGUCUCCUCCUUUCUCGUUCGCCAUUGGGUCUUUCGGAUUUUUUCUCAACGGACAAAUAAUCAGGCUCAGGCUAAACUGUGACUAAUAAGUAUAAAAAUAAUUUCAUGACUGUGACCAUGAAUCCUGCCACUGUAACCUUGAUAACAAGCGACGCUGAACAAUGUGAUCGUGUUGCCGGAAGUUAUAAUAUAGGGAAUACACAAAAAAAGCCAAAGAAUACAGAAGAGAAAACACGGCCACCCCCAUUGACGCUCACUGAACCGAGGUCACACGAGCUACGCUGGAGGCAUAUUUAGCGCAAAAUUGGUUGAAUUACAAAUUCUUCAGCGGGCAUUUGAGUGUCGGGCUUUUUGCUGAAUCAAGGGGAAAAAUGACAAAUGGAAAAGCAGUGAUGUAAUGAGUGUCCAAUCAAAUUGCUGAUAUGUAUCAGAUUGCUCUAAUAUUUCCUAUACUACCCCGAGGGGCCAUAGUUGCAUGGUACACAUCGGGGAUAUGCUCUAAUGUCCUAAUAGUUCUCAUUUCUUUCAUAGUUCACUUGUCCUCAUUGAUUGACUCACAGUCAGGCGUGUGGGGUCCGUUUUGAACUGGCGCUUCACUUCCCAAAUAUGGUUUCUUGUCCAAUAAGCAGAUUGCACUGGAAUCCAUGACUCUUUGAAUGUUUGCUACUUGUUAAAUAAAAUGAUUUGCUGAGCAGA